CCCUAUUAGCAUUGUCCCCUCCCCCCUUAACAAAGGAAUUUGUCGAACACAGGAAUCCCGAGUCGUUCAGAGACGCCUGCGGAGAGGCUAACCUACCUGUACCUGAGGACUCUAAGGGGUUGUGAAAAGCACAAAGGGUGUUUGGGGGUCGGUGUAAACUGCAAGGAGUGAAACAUGAAAAACUGCUUAACUAUUUGCUUAAUGAUUUACGCGUAUAAAAAACAGUGUCUCGUCUGUAUCGACGUAAAAAACUUGAAAAACUAUUCAAGGAUGCCUAUAGUUGAAAUUGACAUGGGAAGUGAUUCAGAAAAACAGUAGUGAAUUUUGAAGAAUUCAAAAUCGUUUUUGACAGCUUCGAAUAUAGAUAUUUUAAUGGAAACACCACCACAUGAUACUGACAUGUUUAUGUUUACCUUUUUUAAUACAGAAAAUUCGUAUAAAUUCCCACCCCAAAACAUUUGGGCUUUGAAGAAAAAUCAGGCAAAGCUUUUAGUUUAAGUAAUGGUUCGUGUAAGAACUACGGUACCCUGCGGCAACGCAUGCGCAGAAGUAGCUAUAAAACUUCAGUAAAAUCCUGCCCUCUGAUUGGCUAAAAUACAUCUUCGGGUGUUUUCCGUAUCUUAUCCAUUGAUUGACAAACAUUUAAAUUAAGAAUAAAACAAAGGCUGCAUUGUUACGACUUAUCCCCGAGUUUUGUCCGAAUCGUAUGUUCGGAAGUUACAUUUCCGACCUAGCGCUCACGUCGCCAUUUUGAAUUCUACAUUCUUCCUCCUCGAUAUAUUAAGACAAGUCUCUCGCUAUUCAUUAUCUCUUCGAAAAUAGUUUGAAAAUCUAUUGUAUAUACUUUAAAGAAACGCUUCUGAGUUCUGUUUGCUUGCAAACUUUGUCCGAGAAGCUAGAAAAGCUUGGUAUGGUGUUCAAAAGGCAGGCAUGUUGCUGCCCAAACCACGAGGCUUGGUGUGGCAGUAAGCCUUCAGAUGUGGAACAGAGGUCCCUGAGAAAGGCGAACAGAGUAGAGAAAGUUUUCUUGGAGCUAGAUGACAAAGGCAAAAAGGGCUGGUCUAGAAGCAUUUGUACAUACUGCCGACAGCGAGUCGAUUUGGAGCUUGGAAACAAACGCAUGAAAACUUCACACGAGAGCUGUAGAGAUGAAACUGCCUCAAGUUCCAGCGUGUUUUUCCAACCGGAAACCUCUGAGACCAGCGCCGCUGCUGAAGCCGCGUUAGAACCAUUCCAGGACAUUGAGGAAACCUCUGCACUAGGGCAAAUUUUGCCGUCAUCAGUUGAUGCUGUACGACUCAUGAAAGCAUCAACUAAACAAAGGGACAUAGAACUAAAGGACAUAGAACGAUGCAUUGAAGUAGAAGAUACAUAGUAGGCCAUGAGGACUCACUAUGUAUCGAAGACGGAGACUCCGAUUAUAAGCUGGACACUCUCGACUUCAUCAAUGAGCUUAUGGAAUAAACCUUGCUUGCGGCUUGUUUUAAGAAAAUAUUGUGUGUUCUGUCUGUGUCGAUGAAAUAAUAAUUAGAGGGCUGCUACUACUGUGAAUUCCAGUAAACUUUAUUGCUGUGGCUUGUAUGCGAUAAAAGUUGUAUUGAGGAUCGAAUAAAGCAAAAUUGGUAACUUUAUUUAAAGGCGUGAAUCGUUUUAGUUGUCAAUCUUAAUAUGAAAAUCGUUGUCAAAAAUCUUUGAAAGAAAAAGUGACUUUCUUUGGAAAGCUAAAUUCUACCGCACUAACAGGCUUUUGGAAAUGUGAGACCGUAUUUUCACACGUUUAGCCAGCGGAAUGUUUGCUUUGGCAAGAGACAAAGCGCAAAAUUG